ACAUGACAGGAGGGAGGCAGAAAGGCAGAAUGGGACUCCGAUCCUGCUUCCUAGGACUUCUUGCCCUUUCCGUUGCUGGGAAAUGCAGUUACAGCCCCGAACCCGACCAGCAGCGGACGCUGCCCCCAGGCUGGGUGUCUCUGGGCCGUUUGGACCCCGAGGAAGAGCUGAGUCUCACUUUUGCCCUGAGACAGCGGAACCUGGAGCGACUCGCCCACGUGGUGCAGGCUGUGUCGGAUCCCCGCUCUCCUCGCUAUGGGAAAUACCUGACCCUUGAGGAUGUGGCUGAACUGGUGAGGCCAUCACCACUGACCCUCCGCACCGUCCACAAAUGGCUGCUGGGAGCUGGAGCCUGGAACUGUCACUUGGUGAUCACACAGGACUUUCUGACUUGCUGGCUGAGCGUCCGACAGGCAGAGCUGCUGCUCUCUGGGGCUGAAUUCCAUCGCUAUGUGGGGGGACCUGCAAAGACCAGCGUUGUAAGGUCUCUACAACCCUACCAGCUCCCACAGGCUUUGGCAUCUCAUGUGGACUUUGUGGGGGGUCUGCACCGCUUCCCUCCUACAUCGACCCUGAGGCAACGCCCUGAGAGACAAGUGGCAGGGGCAGUUAGCCUGCACCUCGGGGUGACCCCAGCUGUGAUCCGGGAGCGGUACAACCUGACAGCACGAGAUGUGGGCUCUGGUGCCACCAACAACAGCCAGGCUUGUGCCCAGUUCCUGGACCAGUACUUCCAUGACUCAGACCUGGCUAAAUUCAUGCACCUCUUCGGUGGGACAUUUGUGCACCAGACAUCAAUAGCCCACGUGGUUGGAAAACAGGGCCGGGGCCGGGCUGGGAUCGAGGCCAGUUUAGACGUGGAGUACUUGAUGAGCGCCGGUGCCAACAUCUCCACCUGGGUCUACAGUAACCCAGGCCGGCAUGAGGCGCAGGAGCCCUUCCUCCAGUGGCUCCUCCUGCUCAGUAAUGAGUCGGCCCUGCCGUAUGUGCACACCGUGAGCUACGGAGACGACGAGGAUUCUCUCAGCAGCACCUACAUACAGCGGGUCAACACGGAGUUCAUGAAGGCUGCUGCUCGGGGUCUCACCAUGCUCUUUGCCUCAGGUGACAGUGGGGCUGGCUGUUGGUCUGUCUCUGGAAGGCAUCAGUUCCGUCCCAGCUUCCCUGCCUCCAGCCCCUAUGUUACCACAGUGGGAGGCACAUCUUUCCAGAAUCCCUUCCUCGUCACCAAUGAGAUUGUUGACUAUAUCAGUGGUGGCGGCUUCAGCAAUGUGUUUCCACGGCCUUCAUACCAGGAGGAAGCUGUAGCCAAGUUUCUGAGCUCCAGCCCCCAUCUGCCACCAUCUAGUUACUACAAUGCCAGUGGACGUGCCUACCCCGAUGUGGCUGCACUCUCCGACGGCUACUGGGUGGUCAGCAACAGCAUAGCCAUCCCAUGGGUGUCUGGCACCUCGGCCUCCACUCCUGUAUUUGGAGGAAUCCUCUCCUUGAUUAAUGAGCACAGAAUCCUCAAUGGCCAGCCUCCUCUCGGUUUUCUCAAUCCAAGUCUCUACCAGAAGCACGGAGCAGGUCUCUUUGAUGUGACCCAUGGCUGCCAUGAGUCCUGUCUGAAUGAAGAGGUGCAGGGUCAGGGGUUCUGCUCUGGCCCUGGCUGGGAUCCUGUGACAGGCUGGGGAACACCCAACUUCCCAGAUCUAUUGAAGACACUACUCAACCCUUGACCUUUUCCUGCCAAGAGAGCAGAUUUGUCUUCUGCCUUGCAGCCAGUGGCUUGGUCCCUUAUUUCACCCUGAUGGAGGCCAUUUGGACCCUCAACCAUUGACUGCUACAGACAGCUUACCUCCCUAACUAUGGCAUGCUGUGAGCUGGACUAGACUCCCAGCCCUACCUGGCUUCAUUAUACUCUGGGGUCCACACACUCUUGCCUCAAGUUGCCCUACAAAAUGUCAUGAUAAUCAGCACUUGGGGUGCUCCUCCCCCAUCUCUUUCUCUUUUCAUCCAGGCUUCCCCAAAGAGUGCCUACCUUACUGUGUACAUGAUUUCACUUCACUUUCACUCCUCAGUCCAUUGCAACGAGAUCUCUGCUUUUGCCCUUUCCUCUCCCUGACACUGGGCUCACUGAGGAUCAGUCUGUUUCACGCAGCACACACUUGUUGUUCUUUGUUUUAGGGACUCUCUGCUGUGGUUUCCCAUUCCCUCUCCUUCCUUAGCUUCCAGGACUUCCUUUCUCGAACCACACCUGUCUCCCGCCUUCAUGGACGUCUCCUCUGCGUACUCACUGAGUGCUGCUGUUUGCCAUCGCUCCAGCUUCAGGCUGUUGCUCCUCUGACACCACCCAUGGUCCCUUGAACACAUCACUGACAUCUCCAGUUGUCAUUAUCUCACUAAAUGCAACUCUUUAUCCAAUAGUAACUGAUACCUCAAAUGCAAGCUGCAAGAUACACAACACUUCAUCUCCUUCCAUCCCAAACCCAAGCUGUCCCAUUUCUCUGGUUUCUUCCUAGAUAUUGACACUAUGCUUCUUCCGACCAAGUCAGAAACCUAAGUGCCAUGCUAGACUCUCAUUUCCUUUACAUCCCCCACCUUCAAUCUAGAAAGCCUUCUGGCUUUAUCUUUUAAUAUGUUUAUAUCAACCCGCAAGUUCCACCGACUGAAGAUAUUGAAAGAUAUCUAGAAGUCAUCCAUUUACCUCCAUAUUCGCUGCUAUGUUAUUAGCUUAGUCUUAUUCUCUGUCCUUUGUACUAUAGGCAGUCCUAGCAAAAACAGCAUCCUUGUCCUUCCUAAACUACCUUUCAGAGGAAAAUGCACAUCCCAUCAGAUCACUGACUUGAGUCAAACGCAUCAAAGGUUACUAGGUAAAGUUCAGAUUUUUUCAUCAAGGCCCAUAAGACCAGGUCUCUUCCUUACUUGUGCCUGAGUAAAAAAAUAUUUAUCCUCUCCCCUUACCCAUGCCCCCCACCCCCACUGUCACACUCCUUCCCCUCCGUCAUCUCACUUUUGUUCAAGCUUAUUCCUACUGCUUAAAACUCAAACCAAACUCAUUGCCAUAGUCACCAAAGCGUCCGUAGUCUUCUGUCUGGCAUAUUUCCAUAAUUCUUUAAAGACUCAGCUUGGAAGUUUCCAUCUCGUGUGAACCAUUUUGCUUCCCUGAGGCUCAAUGAGAUGAUUUUAGUAUGGCAGAAAAAUUCUAGAUUAAAAAAAACCAAAACUGUCUUAUUUUGGGUUCUGAUAGACGCUAACCCAAGAACUUAAGCAACUCCUCCUCGCUCUCCAAGGCCGUUUCCUCAUCUGCUCAGUGGAAUUCUCAAAAUGCCGGCCUCACAGAAGGAUCGGGAAUCAAAGAUGAAAAAAUGUUGACAAAGUGCCGCAGCCUGGACUAGGCAGAUGUCUUCCCCCUCGCACUCACACACUCUGCCUACCUCCAGCAUCAAAGCUACCACCCAGUAUUGAAAUAACUCCUUUGUUUGCCUUAUUUCCCAAGCCUUGGUAUCUAGAGGUCUAGACAUUUGUCCUACUCAACUCUCUAUCCCCAAGCCCAAGUUCAGUGGUUGGCAAAGAGGAAUGCAAUAAAUGUUUGGUGAAUUGAGAA